ACUCAGUUUUUCGAUUGACACAGACACUGAACCAGUUCAACAUUGAUCACUUAACUUUAUUCAAGUUUCAAUCCAACAUCAAAAAUCAAAAAUGAUCCGAACCAUCGCCGUCUUCGCUUUAUUCCUUGCCUAUGCCCAGGCUCGAAAUGUAUCCUUUACCAAUUGCUCACCAAACGGAAAAAUCAACUUCGUUAACAUCAUUCCUUGUGAAACUGAGCCAUGCAACUUUAAAACAGGAGAAGAAGUCCAUUUGAAUGGCGAAUUUGUCAGUACUUUGAGUGCAUCUAAACCAACCUUAAAGUCUGAGCUCAAAAUGGGUGACGAUUGGAUCGCUUAUGCUGAUGUUCAUAACGAUGCUUGUGAAUACACCAACUGUCCCAUUGAAGCUAAUGUUCCCUAUCGAUUCGCUCUCAACACAGAAGUCUUUGAUUGGCCCAGAUCAUUUGAAACUGAAAUGCGAUUCCGAGCCAUCGGUGAUGAUGGAACCACUGAACUCAUUUGCGGUAAAACCACUAUUGGCGUAACUAAAGCUUAAAUAGAUCAUUUUAUGAAUUCAAGUUUCCAAUUUUUUCCUAAUAAACUUAUUGAUUAUUAAUUGCAA